AUGGCGAUACACGCAGUAAAUAAACAGGUUAAGUUACAAAUUUGCAUGAUUGCAAUAGAAAUAUUGAACAAAAGCAGUGAUACCUCAUCUGAGGAAGAUGAAGAUGCAACAAGGGAAAACAAGUUACAACUACUAACAAACUACUUGGCCCCGAAAGUAUAUCAGUAUAUUAGCGAAUCUGGAACAUUUGAGAAUGCCAUCGAUACUUUAGAAUCAUUGUAUGUAAAACCUAGAAAUGAGAUCUAUGCUAGGCAUUGUUUAGCCACGAGACGGCAACUCGCUGGUGAAUCCGUAAACCAGUAUCUACAAUCUUUAAGACAAUUAAGUAAGGAUUGCAAUUUAAAAAAUGUUACUGCUGAGCAGAAUAAGAACGAGUAUAUUAGAGAUGCAUUUAUUAGCGGCUUGAGUUGCCCACACAUUCGACAGAGGUUACUUGAAAACACAAUACUCACUCUAGAUGCUGCUUAUGACCAAGCUCGAGCCUUAGAAAUGGCUGAGCAACACUCUGCAUCGUAUUCUGGCCUAUCCGGUACAACUGCUGCCUCGACCAAGGAAACUGGUGAUCAGGACCCGAAGGCUCUCGAGGCAACUACGGCUGGUGCAUUGAAAAGCGGAAAGUGCUAUUUCUGUGGGAGAGAAAAUCAUCCCAGAACGCAGUGUCCAGCGAGAAACGUGGAAUGCAGGUCAUGUGGAAAAAAAGGGCACUAUCAACGUGUAUGUAAGUCACUGCCUCCUAACAGGGCUAUACCUAAUACGACAGCGUCUACUGGCACUCUAGCGUCCCUUACAGCAGAACCUAGCUGUUUUCAAAAAUCUAUAGUGGACAUUAAGGUAAACGGAACAAAGUUAAACGCUCUGAUAGACACGGGAAGCUCUCUGAGUUUCAUCAAUUAUUCUCUCAUAGGAAGAUGUAGAAUAGACCUGCUACCAUACCUUGGCAAGAUCACGAUGGCAAAUUCCUCCUUAUCGUCAGAGAUAGUAGGACGAUGUAUAACAGAUGUGGAAAUAGGAGGAAAUAUCUACAAAGAUGUUACGGUAUUAGUAAUGAAAGAUCUCUGUUCGGACGUUAUAAUUGGCCAUCUUACAACGUCACUCUUCGAUGUAAAUUGUAAACCUAUAGCCACUAAAUCUAGAAGACACUCUGAAGAAAAUAAUAAGUUUAUUAACCUUGAGAUCAAAAGACUGUUGCGUGAAGGUGUAAUAGAGCCUAGUAACUCUCCAUGGCGCCCACAAGUUUUAGUCGUGAGAGAAGAAAAUCAUAAAGAAAGGAUGGUUGUUGACUACUCACAGACGAUAAAUAAGUUCACAAUGUUGGAUGCGUAUCCUCUCCCGAGGAUUGAAGAAAUAAUCGCUAAGGUCUCGGCGAAUGAGGUCUUCAGCACUAUAGAUCUCGAGAGUGCCUAUCCUCAAGUGCCGAUCUUAGAUUUCGAAAGAAAAUACACCGCCUUCGAAGCAGGUGGAAACUAUCAAUUUCUACGUGUUCCGUUCGGAGUGACAAACGGAGUAGCGUGCUUCCAAAGAGUGAUAGACCAAAUCGUGCAAGACGAAGGACUAGAGGGUACCUUCCCUUAUCUGGAUAACGUCACGAUAUGUGGAAAAACCCAACAAGAACAUGAUCGUAACCUUGAAAAAUUUUUGGCGGCAGCUCAAAAGUAUAAUUUAACAUUGAACAAUGAUACUACUUCCCUACGGCGAGUGUUAGGCAUGUUCUCACACUAUUGCAAGUGGAUACCGAGAUUUUCAGAGAAAGUGCGUCCACUACUACUCGAGAACCAAUUUCCGUUAUCGAAUGAAGCAAUAUCAGCGUUUGAGAGUCUGAAGAAUGAUAUAGCCAAAGCAACGAUGGCCGCCGUACAAGACGACGUACCUUUUCGAGUAGAGACUGACGCAUCUGAUUUUGCAAUAGCAGCUACACUAAGUCAAGCUGGCAGACCCGUCGCGUUUUUUUCUAGAACCCUAACGGAACUACAACACUCAUCCAUAGAAAAGGAGGCUUAUGCGAUUGUGGAAUCCUUACGCUACUGGAGGCAUUACUUAAUCGGCCGUUAUUUUGAAGUUGUUACAGACCAACGCUCAGUCUCUUUUAUGUUUAACCAACAACAUUCAAGUAAGGUUAAGAACGAGAAAAUUAGACUGAACUUGGAUUUCAAAGGCCCUUUACCGACGAAAACUAGGAACCAGUAUAUUCUAACCGUGGUGGAUGAAUUUUCAAGAUUUCCGUUCGCUAUACCAUGUAAGGACAUCAGUUCAACUACAGUGAUACAACAUUUGGCUCAUCUCUUUUCAAUUUUCGGAACUCCUGCAUAUAUACAUUCGGAUAGAGGCGCCUUGUUCAUGUCACAAGAGUUAAAAAUGUUCCUGACUUCUCAAGGCGUAGCGACCAGCCGAACGACCCCCUAUAACCCAAGAGGAAACGGUCAAGUAGAAAGAUAUAAAAACGAUCGGGAGACUACAAUCUCCACUCGGCAUCUUGCUCCUCGAGGAGAAAUCUUGACUAAGGAUGAAGACAGUGAAAUUACUCCCCCUGAACCUCAAUCAUCGGAACUUCGAGAGAAUUUGGUAGAACCGGGCAUCACCGAUCAACUGCAGUCAUCGGAGGAUCAAGAAAAGACUCAACGCCCUGCACGUUCAAGACGCCCUCCUUCUUAUCUGUCUGAUUAUGAAACUGGAUUCUAA